CAGUCGCAGGCGCGACACUAAAAACAGUCGAUCAGGACACAUCCGUAUUUAGAAAGUAGAAACAGGGAUCAUACCUAUGUCGUAUUACUGAUGGUCGGAUCAUCUCAGAGGAGAAAUUAGUCAUAGUUUGGAUCUAUUAGAAGAUCCAUUUGUUUCAGUAUGGGGAGGAGACAAGAUAAAACCGCAGUUAAUCCCCUCACCAAAUACUUCCUGUUCUUUGAAAAUUUUAUCAUAUGGAUUGCCGGACUGGCCAUCACGGGGCUUGGGGCGUAUGUGCUGUGGGUUAAACAGAAGGUCGUUAAAGAUGCUUUUGACUUCUUCCUCGACCCAGCCACAAUCAUGGUGACAGCAGGGUCUAUAGUCGUCUUCAUCUCGUUCUUUGGUUGUAUGGGGGCACUCAGGGAGAAUAUGUGCUUUCUCAAAACUUAUAACAUUAUCCUGUCCAUCAUGUUCUUUGGAGAACUGGCGCUAGUCGUCUUUGUUUUCGUGUUCUACUUUGUUCCGGAUGCCCGGGAACAGCUGGGCCUGUUCCCCGGAGACAGCAUGAAGGAAGCAAUCCGGAAAUAUGGAGUUGAGGACGACGAGGAUAUGGUGAACCUCAUAGACAAUAUACAGAAAACGUUGCAUUGCUGUGGUUUGAGUGACAACGAGGACGGCUACAAAGAUUGGACCGAUAACAUGUACUUCAAUUGUACCAUAGCAGGAAAGAGUGCAGAGAAGUGUUCUGUUCCACCGUCGUGUUGCAAAUUAAAACCGGGAGAAUAUAUUAACAUUCUUUGUGGCCGUGGGGUGAUGAAACCAACAGCUACGGGUAGCAGCAUUACUCUGACAGAGACGGCCAAGACGGUGGGGAUAUAUAAAGUAGGUUGUCUCCGGGCUCUGGGGGAAUGGAUCAACAACAAUGCUCUCGUCCUAGGGGGCAUUAUACUGGGAAUUCUCAUUCCACAGAUAUUUAUAAUGUGUUUGGCCAGAGGUCACUAAGAGACCAAAUCAAACUGCAGAAACUGAAAUGGCGGCGUUAUCGCCCUGGGCCAUCAAACGAGGAGCACUUUCAACAAAUGACAUGAACAGCUGUAACGAAUCAAAUAUAAAAAGGAUAUAUUUAUACAAAACUUGAAUUUGUCAGUGUUAAACUUAUUUUGUUUCGAGGAAAUUAAAGACCCAUUUGGAUGAUUUUUCGACAGUAAUAAAAAACACUCCGUCGACUUGCGCUACCUUAAUGAUGAAGUAAGACGACGCCAUACCAGGGUGUUUCUUCACAGGUAGAUUUGAUGAACAAAAAAAGAAAUGUAAUAUUCUGUGAUGGUUUGUCUGGUAUUUACUAACUUUUUGUUUAUAUAAUACUUGUUGAAAUAAAGGUCUGGCCUAUGGACCAUUGUAUACGGUUGCCUAUAUAGCUUGAUUUACGAUUGCACUUGUGACAACAAUUUAUUCAAACGUGGGUCCAUUUUGUCUACCAUUACACGGCGUAUUUUUCUAGACAAUUACAUUAAUAUGCGAGAAAAGGAAAUAAGAUUUAUCAUAUAUACUAUAUUAGAUACAUCUCAUAAAAUAUGUAAGAUAUUAAACACAUUCAUAUGGGUGUAUUUACGAUAGGGAUAACCCACACGAUGCGGCAAAAUGUUUGUGCUGAAAUUUCACGCUCGUCAAGAAAUUUGAUACAAUUUUUAUUAAUUACUGGAUCAACAAUACUCGAUUAAUAAAUAACAAUUUGUCUUUUAUUUUUUUUCAGUGCAGUAAGCUUAUAUUAAACUGUUAUAUGCAACCUAAGAUUAGCAUUUUACACUUAAAGCAGUGCCACUAAUGCAUUGCAGUUUCUGAGCAUAAAGAUCUACGGCAAGUAAUUCAUCAGUGCGACAAUCAAAAUAAAUGUAGGGUUACAAAGCUAUUAUAUUUGGAUGUGAUUGCAGAUGUUAAUAAUCUGUCACUUGGCCGUUACCUCUUUGAUGUUAUAUGAAAUAAAUCAUACGUUUCUUCUGCA